ACAGAUGGGGAGAGCGAGAGAGGAAAAAGAUACCUAGUGGAGAUGCAAGUCGCUGCUGAAGAUUCGCAACAACAAGCAAGUCCUUUACCGCACCUCCCCCUCCCAUUGCGCUCGCCCAAAAAUACGGUUGUGAUAUGCCUGCGAUACACAGCGAUGUGCAUUUCUCUGCUGUUGAAAACGCAGCUUUGAGACUGAUUUAAACAGAGAAGAAUAACGGCAACAGGGCGAUUUGCGCUUGCUUACAGGAGUCUUACAGGACGCGGCGUCGCAAACAGGCAUAAACGAUCAUAAGGGAUUUGGGGCAUUUCUUUAAACAACGCUCAUGGAGUUCCCAAAUGACUUCAGCGGCUAUGCUGACCCCAGACACUUCCAUCUGUACAACGAGUCUCUGUUCCAGAACAACUUCAGCGCCUUCAACGGGACUGACAGCCUCUUCCCUCGUGGCGUCAAAAUCACUAUAGUCGUGGUCUACAUGAUCGUCUGCGUUGUGGGGCUCGUGGGAAACUGCUUGGUCAUGUACGUCAUCAUCAGAUAUACCAAGAUGAAGACAGCUACCAACAUCUAUAUCUUUAAUCUGGCGCUGGCUGAUGCCUUGGUUUUGGCAACGCUACCUUUCCAGGGCACAGAUGUGUUCCUCGGUUUCUGGCCCUUCGGCAAUGCCCUGUGCAAGACUGUUAUCUCCAUCGACUACUAUAACAUGUUUACCAGUGUGUUCACCUUGACCGUGAUGAGCAUGGAUCGAUACGUGGCCGUGUGCCAUCCUGUGAAAGCCCUGGACAUGAGGACACCCCACAAGGCUAAGGUGGUCAAUAUCUGUGUGUGGGUCUUGGCCUCAGCCAUCGGGGUCCCUGCUAUGGUCCUUGGAGACGUGGAGGAUGACAAUGGCAUCGAGUGCAUCUUGGUCCUGCCCGACCCUCGCAGCUACUGGGACCCAGUGUUUGGUACAUGCAUCUUCCUCCUCUCCUUUCUUUUUCCCGUGGCGAUCAUCAGCGUGUGCUACAGCCUGAUGGUGAAACGUCUCCGAAGCGUCCGCAUCCUUUCGGGGUCCAAGGAGAAAGACCGCAACCUUCGUCGCAUCACGCGCAUGGUACUGGUAGUGGUCGCCGCCUUCAUCGUGUGCUGGACGCCCAUCCAUAUCAUGGCCCUGGCGCAGUCGCUGGGCUUCAACCUAGGCAGCGUUCAGACGGUGGUGUUCAUGCAUUUCUGCAUCGUCCUGGGCUAUGUCAACAGCAGCCUGAACCCCGUCCUCUACGCAUUCCUCGACGAAAACUUCAAACGUUGCUUUCGUGAGUUCUGCCACCCAUCGCCCUUUGGCCUCGACACGCAGCAGUCGGGCCGCAUGCGCAAUAUUGCACGCGAGCUCGCCUACAACUGCAAGACUGCGGACGGGAACAGUAACCCCGCAUGACUAGGCGUGAAGCUGCCCCUGGUCAGCCCUGAGCCACGACCCAAUCCAGGGACAGGAAACUCAAACUCUGAGCUCACUCAGAUUACAAAUCUCUAGCACCACACUUACCUCUGCCACGUGGGCGGGGGAAAGGGUUGGGCUAAGAGUAAGGGCGGAGUCAAAUUAAAUGACACACCCUUUUAGGGACAAAGGGGCUCACUUUACAGUGUCUUAAUUGGAUGUCCUUGUCUACAUGACUUAUUUCGUUCUUGUGGGGGAAUUAUUACACUUUGUUGUUAAAUGUUGCAGACUUGUAUAGAUGCUUUUGUGUCGUUCUUUACAAUGUUUCUAUUGAAAGAUAAGCCUGUAGGAUUACAUGGCUUUAUACAAUCAAAACCUAAGGGUUUCACUUCUCUGCCCUUUUUCGUGAUAUUGCCAAGUGGUGGACUGUACUAAGUACAUCAUAUAGUGUAUGUUUUAUACUAUAUAUUAUGUAACGAUAUACAGUUAUGACACAAAAGCUGAAACUACGGAGACUUGUUAAACCUGUUUGUUAUUUUCAAAAAAGUUGCUAUUUUUCUUGGUUCCACUGUAAAAAAAGGAAAAACAUUUGAUAUUAUGUAUGUUUGGUAGCACAGAUUCAAGUUUAAAGAAAAAUAUUUGUACAGAAACGAAAAGUAUUGCAAACAGUUGCUGUGUUGUUCUAUAAUAUAUGUGCAUACAAUGAAGUCAGUCGCUUUUGAGGCUUAGCAUUGUUGAUGUCGGUUAGUAUAACCUCCACAAACUUCUUGAAUGUUUUGUGCUCGGCUCUAAUUCUUGCUUGGUAUACAUACAGACUCUCGACUUAAGAGAAACACAAGAAAGAGCUUGCACUACUGUAUCAUAGGUUUACAUCGAAGACCAUUGAAUGUGAAAAGACUACAAAUACACCAAAUUUAAAAGAUAUAUAAGUGUCAGUGAAAUAUAGAGAUAUUGUACAUUUCAGUGCUACUUGAUAUUGUGUUUGUUUCUUGACUUGUUUACCCGCUGCAUUGACUGGCUGUUCAUUUACCUGCAUAUUUAUUUACUGAUGGGAUCAUAUUCUGAUGGACUGAAAAGAAACCCCAUCUUGUG